GAACCCUCAAAUAAGUGACAAGCCGACCGUUCGGCAUCCCCAUCUUCUUAAAAGCGGAGCUUGUAUCUGUUUCGGUAUCGGUACCGAUAUCCUUCUUCGUCAAUGACGCGCAGCUUGUAUCUAUUUCGGUAUCAGUAUCGGCACCACUAUCCAUCCUCACCAAUGGCGCGCAGCUUGCAGAGGAGAAGACGGCUUCUCUCUUCCUUCUACACGACCGCCACCGCCACUGACACCGCCACCGCCACUGCCACUGCCAGUGCCACCGCCAGCGCAAAGCAUCAUCGACGCGGUGGUGGCGGUGGCAGUGUGUCGGUAAUGAAAGAAGUGACCAAGGCCAACUUCGCCGCUGCCCUUGAAGAGAUAAAGGAACACAUCCGCGAUUCCCAUUUCAUCGCGGUCUCCUCUCAGAAGACAGGAGGAGCCUUCUCUUCGGGCAGUGGUGCUGCUGGUGCUGCCCCAUGGCGUCACCGCAUCUUCCCCCUCGACACUCCCGAGACCGCAUAUCUCAAGGCCAAAGAUGCUGCUGAGCGGUUUGAGCUUCUACAGUUUGCUGUUUGCCCUUUUCGGAUCCAAGGGUCCAAGAUCAUCGCCUUUCCGUACAAUUUUCAUUUGUUCCCCAGAGAUGAGCUGAAUAUAGGCAUGCCGUCGUACAGCUUUUCAUGUCAAACAUCAUGUUUGACAUCAAUGGCACGAGAAGGUUUUGAUUUCAACGCCUGCAUAUAUGAUGGCAUUUCGUACCUAUCCAGGGUGCAGGAAUCCGCAGCAAAAGGUCGGAUUCAAAAUCCAAUCCCUAGUAUCUGUACAAUGAAAUCCUCUUCAAGUCCAUCUGUGGCUGAUUCAAUUUUCAUGAAAAGGAUUAAGUCACGAGUACAGCACUGGAGAGAUGCUUGUAAAGACUCAACCAAGACGACCGAUGAGGCUUUAGUGAGAUCCCUGAGGAAACUUAUUUUGGGAGGUGAAUUCUAUGGAUCAAGGCCGUGCAUGAAUAUAGAUGUUUCUACUGAUCGCCAAGUGCUUCUGGUUGCAGAGAUCUUGAGUGAAUUCUCUGAUGACCUUGUACCUUUAAUGAUCCCAGACAAGGGCGGGGAACCUAAGGCAGUACGAGUUGUGCUGACAAGUUCAGAGGAGGACAGGAAUCUUCUCAAGAGUGAGCUUCAGCAUCUCGAAGAGGAACAAGAUAAGCAAGUGCGCGGUUUUCGAGAAGUCAUAGAUGUGAUUACGGCUUCAUGCAAGCCAGUUGUUGCCUACAACUGCCUUACUGAGUUCACAUUCAUUCAUUCGAAAUUUAUCGCUCCCCUGCCUCCAAGCGUGGAAGAGUUCAUGUGCUCCUUACGCAUGGUUUUCUCCAACAUCCUGGAUCUUAACCAUUUGUUGAAGGAAGUUGGCCCUCUGAAAAAGGCAAAAAAUUUGCCUGCUGCUGUUAGCUACUUGAAGAGACAGUUCUUCAUACCCUUGGAUAUGGAAAUUCCACACCAAGCACACCAAGGGAAUCUAGGAAAGAACCAUAAUCUUCUAAAGAUAACACAUCUAUUUGCCAAGCUCUGUUCUAUACUGAAGAUCACUCCUGCUUGUGAAACUGUGGCUAGCCAUCGCACUGCAGCUUUGGAAGACUAUGCGAACGUAUUCUAUCCCUGCUGUUCUUCUAGCCUUGACCCAUUGGAUGGAGAUGUUGGAGCAUGGGCGGCGGCAUAUCCUGCGAAGAAACUGAGUACUGAGAACUUGGUUUUUUUGUGGGGAUUUAGGAGUGGGAUUUCCACCAGAUUGCUGAAAGGCCUUCUUUAUGGAACUCACAAAGCAUUUUCUGAGGACUUUGAGGUGCGCUUGGUGGACAAGAGCAGUGCUGUUGUGGUUUUCCAGAGGCCAGGUUCUGCUGAGUCAUUCCUCAAGGACAUGCAGGGUUCUUCUGGAGCAGUUGGUGUGAGUGCUCUACGGGAGAUGAUCUCGGAAGGGCUAAAAGCAGCAGGCUACGAAGCAUAUAGGAGGGUCUGCAGAUUGGGUUUCUGGGAGGCAAGUUUGGCUGAUUCAUUGGACAGAGCCUUGUCUGAGCAGCAGCCCACAUGUGCUCUUUCAAUGGAUUAUUGUAUAAAGGACACAUCGGAUAUAUUCUGGAGCAACGACUCGAUGAUCCAACUGAAUGAUCUUUGAGAUUUCAUUGUCUUUUAUUGGGGUGCAUUUUGUUGCACCAAAUUUAAUGAAAUAUCAUAAAAUCUUACACCAAA